AUGAUCCACAAAAGCCCAACAUGAAUCAAAACCAAGCAACAAGUGUAGAAUCGGUUGCCCUACGUCCCUGCUCCUCCACUCCUUCUCAACGCCCCUUCUUCUCUUUUCCGGCUCUCGUGCGAACCGAUUGAAGUAAGUUUCGUUGCUAUUGUUAAGACCUGCACUUGCCACUGCUUUGCUUUGUCCUCGAAUGACCUGUUACGAAGAUAUUUACAAGGUGUAGUUGAUCAUGAAUCCUCAUAACAAUUCCAAUCAAAAUCCAGCAUCUACUUCUGGGGUUGAACAGGUCAUGAAUCAGCAGAUGUUCAGCUGUAAUAUGCCAGUUGUGGCUCCACCCUUUCCUAUGCAAACUGCCACUGGUCCAUUUCCAAACAGUAUUCGUGGAUUCACUCCGCAGCAGAAUUUAAUUCCGUUUCCCGUAAACCAGUUUAAUCCUGUUCAGCAACAACAGGUUCUUGUGCAGAACACAAUCCAAAAUAUCUAUCAGCUUCUCCAAUUGCAAAACUCCAAUUACGCACAAUGUCCUCCUGGUAGUUUUCCCGUGUUCCAGAACCCUGGAUUUCCUAUGAAUCAGCAGUUUGUCAUGGCCGGGCCGCAGACUAUCGGCCAGCAGUUGCAAGGGAACCCGUUUUUACCUGCUGCUUCUGGGUCAGUUCAACCACAUAAUUUCCAGAACCAGAUUCCUCAAGGCGUGGGCCCUCAGAAUCCCAACUUGUUUCCAAAUCAGAUGUUUGGCAUCCCUAGUUUGAAUGGCCCUUUGCAAAAUGUUAAUCAAGGACAACCGGGAUUUGUUUCGCCCAGACAGAUACUCAAUACGGGUCAAACACAUAAUCCCUCUCCAACUCCCAAAAAUUUUGAGGACAAUCAUAAAAGCGGGCCUACCAAUGUCAAUGGCGGGUGGACUGAAGGUCAACACAAAAAAUUUACAGGGCAUAAAACAUAUGAUCCCUCACAAAAGGGAUCCAAGAUCCAUAAACAUGCGAAACAGAAGUUUGGGAGCUACAAAGGAAAUAUGAAUAAAGCAGAGGGUGGCAGCAAUUUGGAAGUAGAUUCGGUGUCUCGAAAUUUCACCAACUUUGAAAAGAGAGUACCCUCUCUGACUUACACGGAGCAAGAAAUAAAGGUGUGGCGUGAGGCUCGUAAGAAGAACUACCCCACAAAUGGGGCCGUAUUAGAGAAGCAUAAGAAAGAAGAGACAUUGUCUGAUGUCACCAACCAAGACGCCGUGUUACGUCGCCAGCAAUUAAAGGAAAUAUUGACAAAACAAGCCGAGUUGGGUUGUGAAGUUGCGGAAAUUCCAGUGUCUUAUUUAUCUAGUCCUGAUAAACAAAACCCUAGAGAGAGAAAACGCGAAAGACAACAACGCUACAAAAAGGGGAAGUUUAAUAACAAAAGAAGAACAUCAUUUCAAGAUGCUGACCGGAUGACCAAAAAAACAAGGCCGGGGGACGAAGAUUCCUUCAAGGGCAAUCAUCAAACCAAGCAAAACAAGCGAGAACCAUCACUUCUACAGAAGCUAUUGACACGUGACGUUAAGAGAGACAAAACUCAUCUCUUGCAGGUUUUAAGAUUCAUGACAGCAAACUCGUUUUUCACUACGGAAUCUUUGAAAUUCCCACCUGUCGUUGUGAGAGAAACAAAUGUUGACGUGCCCUCCAUAGAGACGACAUGUUCUGUUGUAAAGGGAGAGGAGGAGGAAGAAGGAGAAAUCAUAGAUUAAUAUGCUAUUAUAAGUAUAAGCCCAUGCAAUGCAUUGUAGAUGUGUUGGGGCUCUUUUGCUUAGGAAAACCGAAAAUGUACUUUGUUUAUGGCAGCCUUAAUGGUAUGGACUUGUAGCUGUUACCAUAAUGGCAGCCUUAGUGGUUUGAAGUUUAUUGUUUUGUUUUUUGUUUU